AUGGAGGGAUUUGAUGAUCCCGGCGUGUUUUUCUCGGAUAAUUUUGGUGUAGAAGAAAAUGAAUCACAAGAUCAAAUUAACCUACAAGCAGUUAAAAAGAAGUUUAAAGAAUUUAUUCGACAAUUUCAUACCGGAAAUUUUAACUAUAAAUAUAGGGAUGCUCUGAAACGUAACUACAAUUUGCGCCAGUACUGGGUUGAAAUACAUAUUGAAGAUCUUUCAAGCUUUGAUGAAGUAUUAGCUGAGAAGCUUUAUAAAAAACCAACUGAACAUUUACCUAUACUAGAAGAGGCAGCUAAGGAUUUAGCUGAUGAGCUAACUGCUCCGAGACCAGAAGGCGAAGAGAAAGUUGAGGACAUACAAGUACUAUUGUUGUCUGAUGCUCAUGCUUCUAAUUUGCGAGAACUUAAGUCAGAGACAGUAUCAAGACUUGUGAAGAUUCCAGGCAUUGUGAUAUCAGCAUCAGGUAUCAAAGCUAAGGCAACAAAAAUAUCAAUUCAAUGCAGGUCUUGCCGCAAUGUGAUUCCAAACUUGCCUGUAAAGCCUGGUUUAGAAGGUUAUGUGAUGCCAAGAAAGUGCAAUACGGAACAAGCUGGUAGGCCGAAAUGCCCUUUGGAUCCCUACUUUAUUAUUCCAGACAAAUGCAAAUGUAUAGACUAUCAGGUUCUCAAACUACAAGAAGCACCAGAAAACAUACCUCAGGGAGAAAUGCCACGACACCUCACUGUGUACUGUGAACGAAUGUUAUGUGAGAGAGUAGCUCCAGGUGCCAGAGUAACUGUACUGGGUAUAUACUCUAUUAAGAAGAUUGUUAAAGUUGGGAGAGGAGAUCGCGAGCGGGGCUCUGUAGGAGUUCGUGCAUCAUACCUUCGGGCCGUGGGACUCUCAGCAGACGAAGGAGUUACUGGCGGACUCACUCCCUUCACAGCUGAAGAGGAAGAACAAUUUAGAAGACUGGCUGCGUCACCUGAUAUUUAUGAUAGAAUUUCUAGAUCUAUUGCACCUAGUGUUUUUGGUGCUGUUGAUAUGAAAAAAGCUAUUGCUUGUUUGUUAUUUGGAGGAUCCCGAAAACGUCUGCCAGAUGGACUUACAAGGAGAGGAGAUAUCAAUAUACUGCUUUUAGGAGACCCAGGGACUGCCAAGUCUCAGUUGCUUAAAUUCGUAGAAAAAGUAGCACCAGUGGGUGUGUAUACAUCUGGCAAGGGCUCCAGUGCAGCUGGCCUUACUGCAUCUGUUAUUAGAGACCCAGGCAGUCGCAAUUUCGUAAUGGAAGGCGGUGCGAUGGUUCUGGCGGACGGCGGCGUGGUCUGCAUCGACGAGUUCGACAAGAUGCGGGAGGACGACCGCGUCGCCAUACACGAGGCCAUGGAGCAGCAAACCAUAUCCAUUGCCAAGGCUGGAAUAACAACCACAUUGAACUCACGGUGUUCCGUGCUCGCUGCAGCCAACUCUGUGUUCGGGAGAUGGGACGACACCAAGGCAGAAGACAACAUCGACUUCAUGCCGACCAUUCUCUCUAGAUUCGAUAUGAUUUUUAUAGUGAAGGAUGAGCAUGAUCAAAAUAGAGACAUUACACUAGCCAAGCACAUAAUCUCUGUGCACAUGGGCGGCGAUACGGAGUCGCGCACGGCGGCGGUGGGCGAGCUGCCUCUGGCGCUGCUGCGGCGCUACAGCGCGUACUGCAAGGCGCGUUGCGGGCCGCGCCUGGCCGCCGCUGCCGCCGACCGCCUCGCCGCGCGCUACGUUCUCAUGCGCUCCGGCGCCGACCGACAAGAACGUACUGCGGAUAAACGACUCGCUAUACCUAUCACUGUCAGGCAACUUGAAGCCGUCAUCCGUAUAUCGGAAUCGUUGGCCAAGAUGCAGCUACAGCCGUUCGCGACGGAGACGCACGUGACGGAGGCACUCAGAUUGUUCCAAGUGUCCACUCUCGACGCCGCCAUGACCGGGAGCUUAGCUGGGGCAGAAGGUUUCACUACGGAGGAAGAUCACGAGAUGCUGUCUCGCAUUGAAAAGCAGCUAAAGCGCAGGUUCGCAGUCGGCUCUCAAGUGUCCGAACAAACCAUCAUACAAGACUUUCUGAGACAAAAAUAUCCUGAAAGGGCUAUUAUUAAAGUCAUACACACUAUGAUAAGAAGGGGCGAACUUCAACAUCGCUUGCAAAGAAAAAUGUUGUAUAGACUGUCA